GCCAGAGAAAAACUCAAAGAAGAAGACGACGAACAUUUUCGCGGGAAUAAUAAACCGCGCGUCUGCUUUCAGCCCGAGUUUAGGAUUAAAUCUAGUCUCCAGCAGAAGAAGAUGUCCAGCACCGCGGUGGAGCUCACAAACGGGCAUCACUCUGACGCAGAAGACAGGACGGGAGAUGCGCGAGGAGGGCAGGAGCAGUUCUCUCUGCUGUGUGACGAGCGCGGUUACCUGAGUCUGGUCGAGCGGGUUCUGCGGAGCGGCGCGAGGAAAGGCGACCGGACCGGGACCGGAGUGAUCUCGGUGUUCGGCACGCAGGCGAGAUACAGCCUCAGAGAUCAGUUUCCUCUGUUGACGACCAAAAGGGUUUUCUGGAAAGGCAUACUGGAGGAGCUGCUGUGGUUUAUCAAGGGUUCAACCAAUGCCAGAGAGCUGUCCGAGAAGGGUGUGAGGAUCUGGGAUGCUAACGGCUCCAGGGAGUUUCUGGAUAAGAGCGGCUUUAGCGAUCGUGAGGAAGGAGAUCUGGGUCCCGUGUAUGGCUUUCAGUGGAGGCACUUUGGAGCUGAAUACAAAGACAUGCACACUGAUUACUCUGGGCAAGGUGUGGACCAGUUACAGAAAGUGAUCGACACCAUCAGGUCGAACCCAGAAGACCGGAGGAUCAUCAUGUGUGCUUGGAAUCCCAAAGACCUCCCUCUGAUGGCGUUGCCCCCGUGCCAUGCGUUGUGUCAGUUUUACGUGUCAGACGGUGAGCUGUCGUGCCAGCUGUACCAGCGCUCUGGUGAUAUCGGUCUGGGUGUGCCUUUCAACAUCGCCAGCUACGCCCUGCUGACCUACAUGAUCGCCCACAUCACCGGACUCCAGCCUGGGGAUUUUGUGCACACAUUAGGUGAUGCCCACAUCUACACCAAUCACAUUGAGCCGUUGAAAGAGCAGAUUCAGCGAGAGCCGCGUCCAUUCCCCAAACUCAGGAUCAAACGCAAAGUUGAACGAAUUGAUGAUUUCCAGGCAGAGGAUUUUGAGAUCUAUGACUAUGAUCCCCAUCCUGCAAUCAAAAUGCAAAUGGCUGUUUAGGCCUUAUAAAAGAUAAAAAUAAAUGUACAUUUAUUAA